AUGAAGGGGAUCCAGGGGACUGCAAUACCUAGCGCGGGUGAGAGUGGUGGCUGGAUAGUGAAUGAGAGUGUGAGGGAAGGGGUGAGAAGGAACGGGUGCAAGGGAAGGGGUGAGAGGGAAGGGGUGAGAGUGAAUGAAAAGGAAGGGGGAGGGCGAAAGGGAAGGGGUGGGAGAGAAGGGGUGGGAGGGCCGGGUAGGAGGGACGGGGUAAGAUCGAAGGGCUGCACCUCUCUCCCUCCCACUCUAAUUUCUCGUCCCACUGCUGCUCUUUCCUUCUCUACUCCUCCCUUCCACUCGUUUCCGAAUUCUUCUCCUUCACUUAAUUCGUUCCCUCUCCCCGCUCCCCUCUCCUACUCUUCUCCCCUCCCUGCUGCUCUCUUCCCACGCAGGUUCCGCCAGUGGCAGCGGCUGCGGCAGCAGGUGCAGGAGUGGGAGGUGAGUGCCUGCCUGCAGUCUCCCUCCUCACUUUCCGGCACCCUCCCUGCACUCAUCCAGCUCUGCAUGUCAGCAUACUAUGUCACAUCCGCGUCAACACACGCUGCUGUCAGUGUGGCAGAGCAAAGGGUCAUGGCUAAUGCUAGUGGUGCUGCUGGUGGUGCUGCUGGUGGUGCUGCUGCUGCUGGUGCUAGUGGUGGCGCUGCCUCAACGAGAGAAGAGGUGGGUCCUGCUUGUUAG